UCGUCAUUCGCUCCGCACGCAUCGCAAGGAACACAGUUUUGGGGUUCGGACAGGUGUUGAAUUGAAGUGAAGAAGAGUUAUUUAAUUCGAACGAAACGGAAAUGGAAUUGAAGACGUGUGCGGUGCUGUUUGGUCUUUUGGCCGUUGCGGUAGCCCAAUUCCCCAAUGGGAGAAUCCUCGAGCCGCCGGUGCCGCAGUUGUGCGCCCAGAGGGUAAUUCACGAAAGGACUCCCGAUGGUAAAGGUUACUUCUUCAGCUGGAGGGAUCCGGCCUUAAAAGGUGUGGAGGAGGACUGGUUGGGCGGCAGAAACUUCUGCAGGAAACGUUGCAUGGACCUGGUCUCACUGGAGACGAGUGCCGAGAAUGAAUGGAUCAAGAAACGUAUCGUAGACGAGAAGGUCAAAUACAUCUGGACGUCGGGCAGAUUGUGCGAUUUCAAAGGCUGCGACCGUGCCGACCUUCAACCCCUGAACGUGAACGGAUGGUUCUGGACCGCCGUGCUGCAGAAACUCGCCCCGACCACCCAACGCGACCAGAACGAUUGGUCCGAGAGCGGCGGCAUCGGCAAACCCCAGCCGGACAACCGUGAGGCGCAACAGGGCGGCGCCACCGAAAACUGUUUGGCCGUUUUGAAUCAGUUCUACAACGACGGCGUUAACUGGCACGACGUCGCCUGCCACCACCGCAAACCGUGGGUGUGCGAGGAGAACGACGAUUUGCUCAAAUACGUGCGCUACACCAACCCGACGUUGGGUGUUUAAAUAUUUGAAAUGACGGGUCGCGCCCCUGGACUGAUUUAAUUUGAUUAAUUUAUUUGUUUUAUUGACGUAAGUGUAUUUUAUGCUGUUUGUAAAUUGUGCUAGUAGACUAAUAAAGAUUUUAAGUUAA